AUGAAACCAGAAAUAAAGCGGAGUUGCCACAGCAAGAAAUUGAACUAUCGCCACUUGUUUUUGGCACUAGCCUUUCUCACUACCUGCAGUACCUUGAUUCUGUGGUUUGAGGAGAUAAGUAACCACUUGUCUAAUAUCGAUCUCAGGCAGCUGCCGCAAAAUGAAAUGAGUGAUACACUCUUCACCAAUUUUGAACAUCUACAGUUAAUAAGGACAGACAUACGAACAAUCACAAAAUCAGAGACAGGGGGAAAUCGAGAAGGGCAAUCAGACCGGCACAAACACGAAAUUCAAAUUUCAAGUCAGAAAAACCAGCAAAGUAAGGAAGACGAUCAUUUCAGUGAGGGAAAAUAUAUUUCACUGGUAAAAAACCCGCAACAAUAUACACUUUCCAAUACUCUAAAGAACAUUGACAAGUGUAUGUCUAAAUCCAACCUCAUGUCACCAGCUCUGCUUGAAAUAGCUAGAGAAAAUGCCAAGUGGUUUAUGGAGCAGUAUGGGAGAGUCAUAUCUUCACAGUAUCUUGACGGCUAUGUGAACUACUGCUGGAAUACUAACUAUGAGGUGACUCUAAACGGGGAUUACUUUGAGGGCCAUAUUGGAGAAUACCACUUCAAAAAUAAACCACCGCUCUGGUUUGAACAAAGGAUGAAGGCUUCCAUAAAAAAAGAUUUUAAAGGAAAGUUCAGUUCAUCAACAGUUUGCCUGCCUAAUAUAUACCUUCUAGGAUUUGCGAAAUGUGGGACAACAUUCUUUCAGUGUUUUCUGUCCAAAAUCUUAAAUGGAGACAAGAAAGCUCAGGCUAUUAAAGAACCUUACUUCUGGACACCAUUUGAUUACAAAAUACAUCAACCAAACUCUAGCAAUAUUGGAGGACAUUACGUACCAAUGUUCCUUAAAGGAUUUAAAGAAAACGUUUCAACACAAGAAAGAAGAGAGCUAGCUUCAAUUGAUGCCACACCAAUCACAGUCUUAAGAUGGCCGAGGUUUACCAGUGAAGAACCAGAGCUGACCAACUACUGUCUGCUUCCUAGUGCCCUCCCAGAGCUGUUCCCACAGUCCAAGUACCUUGUGAUAAUGAGGGAACCCGUCAGUAUGAUGUAUUCAGCUUUUUGGUGGUCUUUGUAUCAUCCACCUAAAACAGACAAACUAAGUCAAUAUGUGAAAUCCAAUUUAACAAAAGGACGUGAAAUAUUUCAUCAGCAAUCUGUGUAUAUGAUCACCCAGUUCUUAAAAUGCAUAAACAGCCACCAAACAGUAAGAACAGCUGAGAAUUGCACUCUGUUGGACAUUGAGGGUAACUUUUCAGCUUGUAUCAGCAACCGUAAACAUCUAUUGCCUGAGUGUGUGCAAAACAUAACGAUUAAGGAAGGACAACAUAUCGAAGCAGUGAUAUUCAAAGGUAUAUAUUAUGUGUAUGUUCAAAAAUGGCUGCAAACAGUUCCCAGAGAGAGGAUUUUCUUCACGGCAAUGGAGAGACUUACUGAACAUACACAUUCAGUUGCAAAAGAAUUGAGUAACUUCUUCGGAAAAGUUUCACAGGAUGAAGUUGAACGCAUAAAACAAAAGUGCAGAAAAAAAUUUAAUAAAAACCCAAUUAAUUACACAUCUUCUUCCUUAACAAUAAAGGAAUCUACAAAAACAAUAUUACAGAAGUUUUUUCAGCCAUUCAAUAGAAUGCUCUCAGAGUUACUUGAAGAUGAGCAGUUCUUGUGGCGGCAAAAAUGGUAGAUGUAUAAAGCUAUGAAACAUUUAGUCUUAAAACGUUUAGCCUUAAUUCUGAGAUGUUAUUAUGCAUGUAAAAUUAUAAUUGCUCAUAAUAAUAAUAAUUGUGGUCAGA